GCGAAGACCCUCUCUGAAUUUUUGGAAGCUCCCCCCCUCUAUUAUAGAACCCUUGAGCCCCCACUCCUAAAUUUAAUCCCCGAAAUUCCGACAUGGUUUUCGUGGAGUUGCUGAUAUUCGUGGCCUUCAUCGGUUUGCUGCUGUACAAAUGGUCUGUCAAUGGCUUCGGUUACUUCUUGAAAAGGGGCGUGGCACAUGAGAAGCCCAUUCCUCUGCUGGGUAAUAUUCCCUGGUCGGUGCUGAUGGGCAAUGAUUCGUUUGUAAGGCACAGCAUUGAAAUGCAUUUACGGCUGAAGCGUCACAGGGUCUAUGGAGUCUACCACCUGCGUGAUCAUCUGUACUAUCUGGCCGAUCCGGAACUCAUUCGUCAGGUGGGCAUCAAGAGUUUCGAUACCUUUGCUAAUCACCGCAAGGGUAUCAGUGAUGGACGCAAUGACAAAAGCAUUAUUUCCAAGAGUUUGCUCAGUCUGCGAGAUCGUCGCUGGAAACAGAUGCGUAGCACUUUGACGCCCACCUUUACGAGUCUCAAGAUCCGACAGAUGUUCGAGCUGAUCCACUAUUGCAAUGUGGAGGCAGUGGACUACCUGCAGCGCCAGCUGGAUGAGGGCAGUUCGGAACUGGAACUGAAGGACUUCUUCACGCGCUACACCAAUGACGUGAUAGCCACGGCUGCCUUUGGCAUCCAGGUGAACUCUUUCAAGGAUCCCAACAACGAGUUCUUCACCUUUGGACAGCGCAUUUCUGAGUUCAAUUUCUGGGGCGGACUCAAAGUUAUGCUGUACAUUCUGAUGCCCAAGUUAAUGAAGGCCCUGCGAGUCCCAGUGAUGGACAUGAACAACGUGGACUUCUUUAAGAAACUGGUUUUCGAUGCUAUGAAGUAUCGCAAGGAGCAGAGCAUUGUGCGACCCGAUAUGAUCCACCUGCUGAUGGAGGCCCAGCGACAAUUCAAGACGGACCAAGAGGGUUCCAAGGAAAGUGGAGUCCAGGAGGAGCGAGCCGAGUUCAACGACGAGGACCUGCUGGCCCAGUGCCUUUUGUUCUUCUCGGCGGGAUUCGAAACGGUGUCCACCUGCCUGAGCUUCACCAGCUACGAGUUGCUGAUGAAUCCCCAGGUGCAGGAUAAGCUGUAUGCGGAGAUCAUGGCCGUGAAAGAGGAGCUGGGCGAUAAACCACUUGACUACGACACCCUGAUGGGCAUGAAGUACCUGGACUGCGUGGUCUCCGAGUCGCUAAGGAAGUGGCCACCGGCCUUUGUCCUGGACAGGAUGUGCGCGACUGACUACCAGCUGAAGGACGAGGAGGGCCAGUUGGUGAUUGAGCUGCGCAAGGACGACCUGGUUCACAUUCCCAUAAUGGCGCUGCACCACGAUCCUGAUAACUUCCCGCAGCCCGGAGAAUUCCGACCCGAGCGCUUCGACGAGGAGCACAAGCACGAGAUCCGGCAAUUCACCUACUUGCCCUUUGGUGUGGGUCAGCGCAGCUGCAUUGGCAACCGCAUGGCCCUCAUGGAGGUCAAGUCCCUGAUCUUUCAGUUGCUCCUGCGCUACCGCCUGAAGCCCACGGAUCGCACUUCGCCGGACAUGAUGGCCAGCAUAGCCGGCUUUCGACUGAUGCCGCGGGAAUUGUUCUGGUGCAAGCUGGAGUCCAGAGGAACCGCUUAAUUAAUAAUGUG